UUUGCAGUCAUAGGGGACGUGACCUAUGGAUUUGGAUUAGGAAACAAUAUUUUUAGAUCAACUAUUUGAAAUUUGAGCUCACGCGGACAAGCAUUCAGAGAUUCCGUUUUAGGUCUGCCAGGCAUCUAUAUUGUUUGUCGCUGCAUAUAUGAGAAGUGACAACAAGUCAACAAUAUCCCAGAAUUUCACUUCUCCUAGUGAAUAAGUUCACUUUCCAAAAUACAACAUAAAUCGGGUCAACAUGCUUCAAAAUCACUCCACACAGCUGUAUUGACAAAACGUCGACGCGAAAAACUUUCAUUUUUGCCGUUCAAGACGCUUUAUUGAGGUAUGCAUUUUUCAAAUUGAUUUACACAACAACAAACUCAGUUAUGGUUUCCUUGGUCGAGUAUAAGAAAAUUUACAACAAUCCCCUCUUGUUAUCACCAAGGCAAGGAAGCAAAAACGUCUCUUCAAAAUUCGCGUAUUCGUGUGUUUUUUGAAGCGUAAAUCUCUUCGCUUCGAAUAGAAAUUGCUCUCGCUCGCGGAGAACAUGUUAAAACCGAUGAAGUCAUUUUUGAUUCGUAAUGUCUGGCAGCAACUGACUGCGAGAACAGUCGUCGGCGCUAUAGCAGUAUAUUGCUUGUUAAAAUCGAUGCAAUACAGCGUUGACUACUACAACAACUACGACAAGUAUUUUGUGAAGGUGGAUAAUUUAGAUAUAAUACAGGCGGAUUUCCAUUGUACAAGCUCCCUAUCUAACGACUCGUGUACAAUAGAAACCGAAGAAGCCUUAAUGAUGUGUUUCAACAUGGGAAGUAAAUGUUUCGGAGUGACUUAUAACAUCGGAACGAGAACGGCCACAUUCAAGCGUGGUAAAAAUGGCAAACCGAAAUUCUCACUUGGUAUUGUCACCACAUACAAAAAUGAAUAUAAAGACCUUUUGAUGUUGAAAGAAUCAGACGAAUGUGCGCCGGUGAGGGUAAGGUGUUUACCUAAGUUCACAUCAGAAAGAAGGGAAAAGCGAAUACUAAAACAUCAAACAAGAUAUGCAAUAUUCCCAACAUUGACCCAUUUGAUUCUACUGUCAUGAAAAUGCUAAAGAAAGUGGAGCCUCUGGUUUGCAAAGGAGAAAAAAACUUGACAUUUUAUAGAAAUGGAAAGUUGACGCUAACAUCAGCUGGAAGAUUAAGAGCAAUCAAAGCAGAAUAUGAAGUUAUUACAGGACGUAGCAACUCUGGAGAAUGGUUUAAUGUCAAGGAAAAAGGCACCCUUACACCAUCAAAGCCAGAGGUGAUCCUUAACGAAGACAUGGUGUAUGUCGAGAUUCACAAAACAGAUAAUAAAAUUCAAAAAGAAUUUCACAUGGAAGUGAAUUCUCGUGAUGAAAUACUAAACAGAGUUCCUCAAAAGAAACCAGGAAUACCACUGAACAUUAUGAUGGUGGGCUUAGAUUCUACUUCCCAUGCACACUUUCAAAGAAAGCUAGAUCUGAUAUACAAGUACCUCAAGAAUGAUUUGAAAUCACAAAUAUUCAAUGCUCAAUCCAUUGUUGGUGAUGGAACAACUGCAGCAUUGAUAGGAAUGCUGGUUGGACGACAUUUUGAUGAGUUGCCUGAAGGAAGAAGAGGGAAGUUUUCUGCCAAAUGCAUAGAUCGUUGGCCAUGGAUAUUCAAAGACAUGAGUGCGCAUGGCUACGCGACGUACUACAAUGAAGACGAGGUUUUCAACGGCGCUAUUACCACACGUCUUAAAGGUUUCUGCAAACCUCCAAUCGACCAUUACCUUCUACCGUUAUGGUACGUAGCGUUGGAUAGACUCUCGACAAAGUACCAAAAGAUGGUUGGUGGUAUGAGUUAUGUGAAGGGACAUUGCCUUGGUUCGCAGGCCAUUUAUAAUAUCAGCUUCAACAGUAUAAAAAGCUUCUUCAAAGCGUAUCCAAAUCAAUUGAAAUUUGGUUUUCAUAUGAACUCCGACUUUUGCCAUCACGAAGAUUUCAAUUUCAUAUCGUUGGUUGAAGAUGAUCUUUUAUCGUUUUUAAAGUAUUUCAAAACUGAAGGUUACCUCAAUAACACCAUACUUAUAUUAUUUGGUGAUCAUGGUUUACGAUACGGUUUCGUACGUUCUACCGUCCUUGGACGCAUGGAGGAACGGCUACCGUUUCUGUCAGUCACUUUACCGGAGUGGUUUGAAAAGGUCUAUCCAAAACUUUACGAGAAUAUACAGAGGAACAGACAUGUUCUAACUACGCCGUUUGAUAUUCACGCUACAUUCCAACAUAUCCUCAUGUAUCCACGCGAACCUCGGGAACUUCCUCACGGCAAGAGUUUGUUCACUGAUAUAGGAUGGAGGACCUGCGAGCAGGCUGGCAUCCCUUUUCAUUUCUGCCCAUGCGUGGAUUGGAAAGACGUUGAGGUCGAUAAUGAAGACGUACAAAAAAGUGCGUCAGCUGUAGUUGACAUGAUCAACGAAAGAUUGACAAAAAAUAGCGUGGAGGCAAAAUGCGCUCGACUGAAUUUGAAAGAAGUCAUCUCGGCGAAGCUCAUCACGUCAAAAGGAGGAGAAGAGGAAACGAAUCGUGGACAGUUCACGAUGAGCAAGAUUCUCAAAGGAGGAUGCAUGUAUCAACUCCAACUGAUAACGUCACCAAACAACGGCAUGUACGAGUCUACGGUGCAACUGAUCAGCGGCAUUCCAAACGUCAAUCAACAACUUAGCCGAAUCAACGCAUACAACGACCAAUCAGAUUGCAUAAGAAAAACGCAUCCGUUUCUACGUGAAGUAUGCUUUUGUCAUGGAGCGACGCCUUCAAAAACGUAGUUCUCAAUAUGAAUAUGGUUCCUGCAUCCCUAGCGACCCUUCGUGGAUGAAAAUUAAUGGUUGAUUAAACUUGAUCGGUGGAAAUUCAACAUUCAAAUUCGUAAACUGACCAUUUGAUCUUUUCGGUUACAUACAAUCGUGUUUUCCUCAAAUCCAUAUUUAAUAUUGUUAACAUGUAACCGCGCGAAUCAUCGAGAAUCUCUCAAUGAAACGAAGAACAUUAUUAACGAAAGAAAUGGCUGUAUUACCGUCAAAAGGUUAUUAUACCAUGUGGCAGUGAUGGAAGCCAACGUUUCCAAAGACAAUAGUUAAAUUAGCACAUUUCAAACCAAAUUUACCGUCUUUUUGGAUGUUUGUCUUGCAUACGAAUGAAAUUCCCCUGGUGUAUAGAUGAGAAAAUUGACCAUGCAGUCACGGAGGAAGACAACAGUUCAAAUGACAAAAAUUCUUUUUAUUACGAUUGGUAGAUUUUGGGAAGUGUGCGCCGUUAAACAUUUUAAAAUCACAAUUGCUUUUGCUUAGUUUUUUGAAUUUUGGAAUAUUAGUAUUUUGACAUCCCUCCUGCACCCCUUCUAUCCAAGGCUACGAGUUGUGCGCAGCCAUGAUGUGCAAUCUCUCUAGUCUGCAUCCCACAUUCUCCAGAUUAAGUGUCUGUGGUAUAUUUAAGUCCCUGUCAGUUAGGUAGUUGUGUUCAUUGAUGGAAACCAUACGGAAAAGAAACAUAACGCCAGAAAGUUACAGCCUGAAAAGCGUCACCAAGGCCACAAGUUAAACUUGUGGUAAUAAAUUGAAAUAGUUUUGGUUUGUUUAAAACAUGAAUGGACAAGACAAACAACAAUCUGAUUGAAUUCAUUGAAAUAUCCGAUCAAGCGUCGAAUAAAGCCGAUGAACUGAAAUUCACAUCUCUUAUAUUCUAUUGGAAAGACAAUCCUGUAUUAAACUAUCAUGUGUUAAAAGGAA